UGCAGCCUCCCAAGAGCUGGGAUUACAGGACAAUGUUCUCUCCUUUCCUGGUGAGAUCCUGAGAAGCAGCCUCUUUUCCACCAUGAGUGUUACCCCAGAGGUCAAGAGUCGAGGGAUGAAAUUUGCUGAGGAGCAGCUGCUAAAGCAUGGAUGGACUCAAGGCAAAGGCCUGGGCCGGAAGGAGAAUGGCAUCACCCAGGCCCUCAAGGUGACAUUGAAGCAGGACACUCAUGGGGUGGGACAUGAUCCUUCCAAGGAGUUUACAAACCACUGGUGGAAUGAACUCUUCAACAAGACUGCAGCUAACUUGGUGGUGGAAACUGGGCAGGAUGGAGUACAGAUCAGGCGCCUCUCUAAGGAGACCACCCAGUGUAAUCGUCCCAAGCCCAACUUGCUGUAUCAGAAGUUUGUGAAGACAUCCACACUGACAUCAGGUGAAGAGAAGCCAGACAGAGACUGGGAGAGCUGCACUGAUGACAGCAAGCAGGAGCCCACGCCUCCAAAGAUUCUGACUGAUGAGAUGCUGCUCCAGGCCUGUAAGGGGCGAACAGCACACAAGGCUGCUCGUCUUGGGAUCACAAUGAAGGCUAAGCUUGCUCGGCUAGAGGCCCAGGAACAGGACUUCCUGGCUCGUCUCAAAGGAAAAGACCCAGGGCCCUCUCCCCCACAGAAUGAGAGUAAGCCCCCCCAAAAAAAGAAAAAGAAAAGGAAGCAGAAAAAGGAGAAAGAGGCUAGAAUAAUGGAAAAGAAUCAAGAGCACCUGGAUGAUGAGCACCUAGAACCUACUAACCAGAGCAUCAGGAAGAGCAAGAAGAAAAGGCGACAUAAAGAAGAAAUGAUUACAAAUGAAAGAGAGGGAACUUUAGGGAGGGAGGAGGAACGGGUUAUCGGGUGA